AUGCUGUCCAUACCAUACCCACCGGCCAGUCCGGAUGGCUACUGGCAUCCGCACACAAGCACGAUUGACUGGUGCGAGGAAAAUUACUGGCUUACACGUUACAUCGCGGAAGUGGUGAACUCCUUUACGAACCUCAUAUUCGUCUACCUCGCUAUCGUGGGCAUGCACAAUUGCUAUAAACAUCAGCAUGACAGGAUCUUUCUUAUCACGUUCUUUGGGUACGCCAUCGUUGGCUUUGGAUCUUUUGCAUUCCACGCCACGCUCAAGUAUCCAAUGCAACUGGUCGAUGAAUUGUCAAUGAUUUACACUACCUGCUUGAUGGUGUGGGCAACAUUUGAACAUAAAAGACCGAUGCUUUUUAAAGUUGUCCUCGCAAUCUCGAUCGCAGGACUUGCCCUAUUCAUCACUCUCUAUUACCAUUAUCUUCAAGACCCGACCUUCCACCAGAACGCGUACGCGAUCCUCACGGCGAUUGUCUUAAUCCGCUCAAUGGUACUCCAAGAGCUCCACAUUCGACCAUAUUUCAGAGGCAAGGCUUCAGAAAGCGGAUCGAUCGACAAGAGCAAAUUAUCGCCACAAGAGGCACAGAAGGAAGAGCGCAGACGUGAUGAAAGAGAUCGAUCAAUCCUCAGGCGGAUGUGGACGCUCGUAGCAAUGGGCCUUGGGAUCUUCUUGACGGGGUUCGCCAUCUGGUCACUGGACAACAACCAUUGCAACAAGAUCCGCGGAUGGCGUAAGGAACUCGGACUGCCUUGGGGCGUCCUUUUGGAAGGACACGGAAUUUGGCAUUUAUUUACAGGCGUAGGAGCCUAUUGCUAUAUUGUCUGGGGAAUCUGGCUGCGACAUUGUCUCAAUGGGAAAGCUGACGAGUAUGAGUUGCAUUGGCCGAGCAUCUUCUGGACCGUACCACGCAUCGUUCGUACGCAGGUUUCGCACGCCAAACGAACAGACUAA